AUGCAAUUGCGGCUUCCUGAUGACAAAUUGCGAGUUGUCAAGGAAGAGCUGUCUAAAUUUAGGCACCGCAAGCGGGCAACUAAGGUGCAGCUGCAAUCCUUGGUUGGCAAACUUAUUUGGGUUUCAUCCGUUGUGUAUGGCGGGAGAGCUUUCCUUCGCAGACUUAUCAAUGCGAUGAACACCCUGCGGCAUAAAUCGCACAAAUUGCGCUUCAGUGCGGACACUCUGCUUGACAUCAAGUGGUGGUUGGCUUUCAUGCCCCAGUUCAAUGGGAAAUCUCUCCUGCUGGAGAGCAUGCCUGUUUCAGCAUUGUACACGGAUGCAUGCAAUGAGGGGGCGGGUGGUCAUUGGGGUGACAGCUGGUUUUAUUGUAACUGGAAGAUGGAUUACCCUAAUGUAGCCCCUUUGCAUAUAAAUGAAAAGGAGGUGGUAGCAGCCACGCUAGCAGUUCAGAAUUGGGCCCCACAGUUGGCUAAUAAGCGGGUUUAUAUCUUCUCCGACAAUGCUGUUACUGUCGCUUGCAUCAACAAAUGCACUUCGCGUAACAACCGAAUCAUGCAAUGUUUGCGUUAUUUGUUUUGGCUAUCAGUGCAAUUUAAUUUUUACUUAACCGCAAGACACAUCCCCGGCAAGCACAAUACAUGUGCAGAUUGUGUGUCCCGCUUGCAUGAUCCAGAGUUCUUUUCUGACUUUGUCUGUACAGACAUAGGGACCAGUGCUUCCUGA